AUGUCUAAAGGAAAAGUUUGUUUGGCUUACUCUGGAGGUUUAGACACCUCAGUUAUCUUAGCCUGGUUAUUGGAACAAGGAUAUGAAGUAAUUGCGUUCUUGGCCAACAUUGGUCAAGAGGAAGACUUUGACGCUGCUGAAAAAAAGGCUCUAGCCAUUGGUGCCACCAAGUUUGUCGUUGUCGACGUUCGUAAAGAAUUUGUUGAAAAGGUUUGUUACCCCGCUAUUCAAGCCAAUGCGGUUUACGAAAAUGUAUACUUGUUGGGAACCUCAUUGGCUAGGCCAGUUAUUGCUCAAGCUCAGAUCAAGGUUGCUGAAGAAAAUGGAUGUUUUGCCGUGAGCCAUGGGUGUACUGGUAAAGGUAACGAUCAAGUUAGAUUCGAAUUGAGUUUCUACGCCUUGAAGCCAGAUGUUGUUGUGAUUGCCCCAUGGAGAGAUCCCGAGUUUUUCAAUAGGUUUGCCGGAAGGAAAGACUUGUUGGACUAUGCUGCUGAGAAAAAUAUACAGGUUGCACAAACCAAGGCAAAGCCAUGGUCUACUGAUGAGAAUUUAGCUCACAUCUCCUUUGAGGCAGGUAUCUUGGAGGACCCAAACACCACUCCACCAAAGGAUAUGUGGAAGUUGACUGUUGACCCAACGGAUGCUCCAAAUAAGCCCGAAACAUUUUCCGUUGUUUUCGAAAAAGGUUUGCCUGUUCAGUUGAUCUUGGAUGAGCAAAAGAAGACCAUUACUGAACCCGUUGAGUUAUUUACCGAAGCAAACGCUUUAGCCAGAAGGAACGGUGUUGGAAGAAUUGAUAUUGUUGAAAAUAGAUUUAUCGGUAUCAAGUCAAGGGGCUGUUACGAAACACCAGGUUUAACUUUGUUGAGAUCCACCCAUAUUGAUUUGGAAGGAUUGACUAUGGACCGUGAAGUCAGAGCCAUUAGAGAUCAAUUUGUAACACCUACGUGGGCCAAGAUAUUGUACAAUGGUAUGUAUUUUACCCCUGAAGGUGAAUAUGUCAGAUCUAUGAUCCAACCGUCUCAAAACACCGUUAAUGGUGUUGUUAGAGCUGCUUGCUACAAAGGAUCGUUGUCGAUCUUGGGAAGGUACUCAGACACUGAGAAGUUGUACGAUGAAACAGAAUCUUCAAUGGAUGAAUUGACUGGUUUCUCUCCUGAAGACACAUCUGGAUUCAUUGCUGUCCAAGCUAUCAGAAUCAAAAAGUAUGGUGAAGCUGCCAGAGAAAAAGGUAAUCAUUUGCAGCUUUAA